CCCUAUGUGUAUAUUGUGUAAAGUCAUAAACCUAUGCAUAAAAGUGGUGUGACUAAAAAGCAAAAAACUUAACAUCUCUAUAAAAGGCCAUUUUCCUAACGAAUUUUCAUUCAGUCAUUGUUGCUAUAUAACAUACAAGUCUUCCAAAGUUGCUUUCUGGUUCCACCUUUCUUUCCAUGGUCCACAACUAGAAAGAAAAAGGAAAGUUACUUUACAAUGGAAAGCAACCAGAACAACAUGAAGGAAACCACCACGGAAGCAGAAUUUGAGGACUUGCUGCCUGUGAUGGCAGAGAAGCUUGAUGUGGAAGCCUUUGUAUCUGAACUAUGUGGGGGUUUCAAGCUUCUAGCAGACUCAGAAAUAGGUUUGAUCACAAGUGAGAGUCUGAGGAGAAACUCAGCUUUGUUGGGUAUGGAUGGGAUGAGUAAGGAGGAUGCAGAUGCUAUGGUUAAACAAGGUGAUCUUGAUGGUGAUGGCAAGCUAAAUGAAACUGAAUUUUGCAUCUUAAUGGUGAGGCUUAGCCCUGGAAUGAUGGAAGAUGCUGAGGCUUGGCUGGAGAAGGCAAUUGAGGAAGAGCUUAAGAAAUCCUUAACUUGAAAGAUUACCCUUGUGUAAUCAAUUGUAAGUUACAUAUAUAUAUAUUUAUCAGUUUAAGUUGCAAAAAUUGAUGAAACUCAAACUUGUGUGAUUAUUAAUAUAAUGAGUCUCUUAAGUGAAGCAUAGAUGAGUUUGAUACAAGAAUUAAAUGAGUCUUUUGAUAGUUUCAUCUUUCAUCAGACAAACGUAAAUUAAAUUAGUCUUUUCCUAAAACCAAAAGUUAUAAGGAUAAUCUAUGCAAAACA